CCUCAUCAAUCAGCCCAGCCCCCCUUUUUCUUUUCCACCGUCAUCUCAUGAUCGCGAACCCCACGCGACAUUGAUCCCAACCAUGGCUUCCUCCCUCAUUAUCGGGCUCCCUAAAAUUUAUGCCAAUCGGGGUUGUAAGUGUGUGCCUCCGACCAAUGACUUCCUGCUUGGCACCUGGCAUGUCACACACUCCAGUCUGCCGCUCUGGAAGGGCAAGUGCAAUGUCAACAUCACUUAUCAGUUGCUUCCGCCGGAUUCCUCCGGUAUGGUCAGUAUUGACGACCUGGUCCGAUAUCAGGUCAUCGGGUCAGAGAAGAUCAAGUCGGUUCAUGGUGUGGACACCCCGACUCCGGGGAACCAAGGGGCCUGGGAUUGGCGCGGCAGGGGUUGGCUGAUGGUCGCGAGCUCGCACUGGGAAUGCCUGGGCUUUGGCCAGACACUGGAAGAAGACAAUCAAUGGAUGGUCACCUAUUUUGCCAAAACUAUCUUUACCCCAGCCGGCAUUGACAUCUACUCUCGCGAUAAGAGAGGGCUAUCCUCCACCAUGAUCGACGAAAUUCUUCGAAGCCUCAAAAGUUUUGGUGUUGAGGAGAUCACCGAGCUCGCCAGUAUUAUCUUCCCAAUUCCGCAGAUGUAGAUUGGAAACCAAUUGGAGGGAGGUGGGGGGCUUGUUGAACAAUGUCACCCUAAAAGCGGACUUGUUUGGGCUGUCAACGCUUGUACUCCGUCCACAGUCACAUCGGUGGGGUUCUGGCUUGCAAAUUGCAUCAACAGAACCGCGACCAGAAUUGAGAGAGCGAUCUUUAAGGUCAACAGUAGAGUGGAUGGAGAAGUGGCCUGUUCCUUGCAGCUGGUGGGAAAGAAUCGGACUCGGAAAAGAUCAUCGGACUCACGGGCGGGGUUUCA